UCGGUCCACGCAGCUGCCAGAAGACUCCGGCGGAAGCGUUUCCCUCGCUGUGUUUCAUUAUUAUUAUUAUUAUUAUUAUUAUAACAUUGUUAUUAUUAUUAUUACGCUGAAAAGUCAGGAAUUCAUAACAAGACCAGAUGGCGUCGGGUGGAGCGCAGCAUGGCGGGCGUCGUAGCAAGUGGGACCAGCCUGGUCCAGCCCUGAACCCCGUGCAGCUGGCUCUGACGUCAGGCUCCCUGCCAGCGUCUCAGUCCCCGGGUCUCUUCACCAGCGUGGGGGGCCCCUCCGUUGGGGUGUCGGCGUUCCCCGGUAUGGGGACCCCCCACGUGGGAAUGGGGGGGCUGGACGGCUUGAACGCUCACACAGGUGCCCUAGACGCGGCCGCUGCGGUAGCUGCCAAAAUCAACGCCAUGCUGGUGGCCAAGGGCAAGCUGAAGCCCUCCCAGAUCGGAGCCGCAGACAAGUCGCAGGGCGCUGGGAAAACUCAGACGCCGGCCAAGACCAAAGAUGACCUGGUUGUGGCCGAGGUAGAGAUCAACGAUGUGCCGCUGACCUGCAGGAACCUCUUGACCCGCGGGCAGACUCAGGACGAGAUCAGCAGGAUCAGUGGGGCUGCAGUUUCCACCAGAGGGAGGUUCAUGAACGCAGAAGAGAAAGCCAAGGCUGGAGCCGGGGAUCGGCCUCUCUACCUGCACGUUCAAGGGCAGAGUCGGGAACUCGUGGACAGGGCUGUCAACCGAAUCAAGGAGAUCAUCACGAACGGAGUUGUGAAAGCCGCCACCAGCUCAAGCCCCACGUUUAACGGCGCCACGGUCACGGUGUACCACCAGCCCGCCCAGGUCACUCAGCCCUUACCCGCUGUGGGGCAGAAACCACAGUUCCAGUCCGGGAUGCACUACGUCCAGGACAAGCUGUUCGUGGGUCUGGAGCACGCAAUCCCCACUUUCAGCGUGAAGGAGAAGGUGGAGGGCCCUGGUAGUUCUUACCUACAGCACAUUCAGGCCGAGACCGGGGCCAAAGUCUUCCUCAGGGGCAAGGGCUCCGGCUGCAUCGAACCCGCCUCCGGGAGAGAGGCCUUCGAACCCAUGUACAUCUACAUCAGCCAUCCAAAACCAGAGGGCCUGGCUGCAGCCAAGAAGCUGUGUGAUAACUUGUUACAAACAGUACACGCAGAGUACUCUCGGUUCCUGGCUCAAAUGAACACCAUGAUUCCAGCACCAGGUUACUCCCAGCCCCCCUCCCUCAAUGGGAUGCCCCCCCAGCCUGCGUACUACCCUCCCAGUGGUUUCCAGCCGGGCUAUGCCAUGCCCAUGCCCCCCCAACAGCAGCAGCCCCUCCUGCCCCCCUUCGGAAUGCCCAGUGCCAUGCCGCCCCCUCUCCCGCCCGCCCCCGCAGGCCUGCUGCCCCCCGGCGCGCAGUACUGCCUCGCCCAGCCGCCAGAGCCCAUGCAGCAGCCUCCGAUGACGGGGAACUUUCUGCCUCUUCCAACCAACCACGCCCCUAAACCUGCCCAGCCGGCGAGCAUCGGUCUGCCCCAGAGGAGACGCUUCACCGAGGAGGUGCCCGACGGACCGGAGAGGGGGCUGCUGGGAUAUCAGCAUGGACCCAUUCAUAUGACUAAUUUAGGUGCAGGCCUCUCCAUGGACAGCCCUGGCGGAUCAGGACCCCCCCUGACCAGUUCUCCUGGCCUGCAGAGGGAAAGCGAGAGCAGGCAGCUGAUGCCCCCACCGGCCAUGCCAGCAGCCAGCUCCCGCGUGGAGAUGGAGGAGAGGAGAGCCUCGGCCACAGCCUCCCUGGAACACCACCCAGCCAAGAGAAUGAAGACGUCCGUCAAGGGGGCGGGGCUGGGGGCGGGGCUUGUGGCGUACGCUGGCGACUCCUCCGAUGAAGAGGAAGACCACGCAGCCAAUAAAAACGCAAGUAGCUUUGGACAGGCAUGGAAUUCUGGGUACCGGUAUCCACCCCAGCCACAAAGGACUAAGCAGCAGCAGCAGAUGCCUUUCUGGAUGGCUCCUUAAGAUUGUUGUAUUUCCUUUGCCAGUAGGAAAUCAUUAUUAUUAUUAUUAUUAUUAUGAUAUCUUUUCUUUUAAUCUGUGCAUGACGUGCACAAAACACACACUCUUACGACAGACAAGACCUCAUCAUCCAUUUUGCACAGGGGUGUCAGACUGCA